ACCCAGUCCCGGGGGCCAGGGCGCCGAGGAGGGGGCGGCGGCGGCGCCCCUCACCCCACGCCGAACCGGCCAGUUCCCAUUGCUGGGAGCGGGCAAAUGGCUCCUCUCCGCCCCUGGCCGGCCCGCGACCCGGCGGGAGAGACGUCAGGGCUCCGCAUUAGGCCGCGGCGCAUCCCGGCGACCCUGGGCGGGCCUGCCGCCGCGAUGCCACGCUUGCCGCCCCGGGCGCCGCCCGCCGGCCCCAGGGCCCAGGCCUCCCCGGCCCUUCCUCCCGUCCCCGCCUGCCCGCCGCCCCCGCCGAGGCCUCGCCGGCCC